UGAUGCUGUUGAAAUGACAUCCCAAAUGGCACCAGUUGCUGUAAAUGAACUCGAACAAGCAGUUGUGUGCAGUUAUGCUUUCUUUAAACCGUGCUGUAGCUGAAAGUGCCCAGAUGGGUGAUGUUCGUCACGUCAGCAGGAUCAUCACCAUCAGGCACCGAAUCAGACUCCUCAGGAGCACACACAACUCCUCACAGAUGUUCUGUCACCUGGACAGGGACGAGAGCCUUAACCUCGCCGGAGAGACAUCUUAAUCAGUCCAUGAAGCGUUCAAGUGUGCGUCCUGGCGAUGUUGGAGAUCACGGUGCGUCUAGAGCGCGUUUGAGGAGCUCUCGUGUGUUUGUGAGGACACCUCCAAGGCGAAGAGAGACCUCAGUGUUCUCCAAAGCACUGGAGAUAAUCAGAUAAAGAUUGUGAUGGAUUUCGCCGUGACCCCCACUGAUAAUUCUAGUGAUGAGCUUAACUCAUCUCAACAUUUAAAUGAAGACACUGACGAACAGUAUCACAAUGUUCUCAUGCCAAGCAUUUAUGGAGUCAUCUGCUUCGUCGGUAUAACUGGUAACUGCAUCGUCAUCUACACCAUCGUCAAAAAAAACAAGUUCCGAGCACAACAGACGGUGCCUGACAUCUUCAUCUUCAGCCUGUCUAUCGCUGAUCUUCUGUUUCUCCUGGGCAUGCCGUUCCUCAUCCACCAGCUGGUGGGAAACGGUUCGUGGUGUUUCGGUGCCACCAUGUGCACUGUCAUCACGGCGCUGGACUCCAACAGUCAGAUCGUGAGCACCUACAUUUUAACGGUCAUGACAUUGGAUCGAUACUUGGCCACGGUGCAUCCCAUCCGCUUCAAGCACAUGCGCACUCCAUGCGUGGCUGUGGCGGUCGUGGGCCUGGUGUGGAUCCUCUCGCUGCUGUCCAUCACGCCGGUGUGGAUGUUCUCCGGCCUCAUGCCCCUACGGGACGGAUCGGUGGGAUGCGCUCUGCUCCUUCCCAAUCCGGCUACAGAUACGUACUGGUUUACUCUCUACCAGUUUGUGCUGGCGUUCGCUUUGCCGUUGGUGAUCAUCUGCGUGGUGUUUUUCAAGAUCCUCCAGAACAUGGCUGCCACGGUGGCUCCGCUUCCCCAGCGCAGCCUUCGCGUGCGCACUAGAAAGGUCACUCGGAUGGCUGUGGCCAUAUGCCUGGCGUUCUUCAUUUGCUGGGCGCCUCAUUACAUCUUACAGUUGGCACAUCUGAGCGUGCAGCGGCCCAGUUAUGCCUUCCUGUACGCCUAUAACGUCGCCAUUAGCAUGGGCUACGCCAACAGCUGCAUCAACCCGCUGCUCUACAUCAUGCUGAGUGAAACCUUCAAAAGACAGUUCAUCGUAGCCAUCCGUCCAGCACACAAAGAUUUCCGGGUUGACCUGGCCGACGGGAGUGUGAGUCUCCGUCUGGCCCCUGAUGGAGCGCAGCAGUCUCAGUCCUCCCGCGAGCUGCUGCCGGUUACUGUGGCUGUGCAUUGAAAUGCCACUGACUCACGCUCAACUCAUUUUCUGUGUCUAUAAUAGGCAUGCGGGUCAAAAGACGUCAUGAAGAGUCUUACAGAACUGCUCAUUAACAGUUCUUGGUUUGAUAGGAUCUGUGAAGAGGCACAUUUUUCUUGGCAUAC